AUGUCUUCGAUUCCAUUCCCCAACCUAGACCCAUAUGAGACCCUUGAGGCUUAUAAGGAUAGCUCUCCCAUAGAGAUCAAAAAGCAAUACAGAAAAUUGUGUUUGAAAUACCAUCCCGACAAAGUGGUGAAUGGAUCUGAUGAGUUAAAAGAGGAAAGCAAGAUGCAAUUUGAGAAGAUCUCCUUUGCCUAUUAUGUUUUGCAGGAUGAUGGCCGCAAGAAACAUUACGAUGAAUAUAAAGAUUUUGAAUUUGAUAGAUUGGAAGACGAUUCCGAGUUCAAUUGGAAAGAUUAUUUUGAUGUCAUCAAGGGCGAGAAAAUAACUGAGGAGGUAAUAGAAAAGGACAAGAAAAAUUAUCAAAAUUCAGAUGAGGAGAGACAAGAUAUAUUGAAGGAAUUUUUGUAUUUAAAGGGGAAUUUUCUAGAUUUGUUUGAGAAUAUCCCACAUCUAGAAUUUAGCAAAAAUGAAGAAGAGAGGAUCUAUAAUUUGGUCUCUGAGAUAAUAGAAAACGAGGAAAUCAAUAAAGAUGAUGAAUCUAUAGCCGGGUUUGACAAGUACAAAAAAACAAGAAAAUCUAGAAUUAGACACAAACUAAGACAAAUGAGAAAGGAAGCCAAAGAAGCUGAGGAGUUAAUGGAGAAAUUGAAACAGAAGGACCAAACAAACAGCAAAAAAAGAAAAAUCGAGGGGGAAGAUGACUUGAAACAGAUAAUCAUGGCAAGACAGAGCAACCGGCUCGACAAUCUCAUUAGCAAAUUGGAGGCCAAAUACGUGAAAACCCCAAAAAGCAGCAAAAGAAGCAGAAAAACCCGAAAGGUUAGUACCAAAUAG